AGGGUAACACAAAUUCAUCCGAAAUGGUUAAAGCCAGAAAGGAGGGAAAAGUCAGCAAAAAGCUGAAACAAAAGCCAGAUUAUGGACCGGUGAAGAACAGACAUACGUUCCGUGGUUCAAACCACUCAAUGAAUCCAGGUUGGAAUUAUUAAAUUAAAAACUAAUUUUAAUAAAAUUUUCAGAUCGAAAACCUGAUGCAAAAGAUAAAAGUCAACGUUCCAAAGCGACUAUCAAUCGUCUUCGUAUGUACAAGAGUUUCAAACCAAUCAGGGAUUCGAAAGGAAAAAUUCUGAAAGCCGCCCCGUUCCAGGAUACUCUAGCUUCAGGAACUCAAGCUAGAAUUGAGCCAAACAGAAAAUGGUUCGGAAACACGAGAAUCAUUGGGCAAGAACAACUACAAAAAUUUCAAGCAAACCUCGGAAAAGUGCUGAGCGAUCCGUUUCAAGUGGUUAUGAAACAGACCAAGCUGCCGAUUAGUCUGCUUCAAGAGAAGGCAAAGACGCAAAGAGUACAUGUGACUGAAACAGAAAGUUUCGAAUAUACUUUCGGAAAGAAGUCGUUGAGAAAGAAGGCCAAGCUGACUGAGGCUUCACUUGAGGAAAUGAGCAAAAGCGCCGAAGAUCGCGAUGUGAAGUACAAGCCAGAGCUUGAUCUGAGCAGAGAAAAGGAGCUUGGAGAUCGCCCAGAAAACAUGAAUCCAUUGUUCCGUGCUGGACAGAGUAACAGAGUUUGGGGAGAGCUCUACAAGGUUAUUGACUCGUCUGAUGUCGUUGUUCAAGUCGUUGAUGCCAGAGAUCCAAUGGGAACUCGUUGUCGACACGUCGAGGAGUUUUUGAGAAAGGAAAAGCCUCACAAGCAUCUUGUAACUGUUAUCAAUAAGGUCGAUCUUGUUCCAACUUGGGUUACGAGAAAAUGGAUCGGAGAAUUGUCAAAAGAAAUGCCUACAAUUGCCUUCCAUGCUUCAAUCAAUAACUCAUUUGGAAAAGGAGCAGUUAUCAAUCUUCUUCGUCAAUUUGCAAAACUUCAUCCAGACCGUCCACAGAUCAGUGUCGGUUUUAUCGGAUAUCCGAAUGUCGGAAAAUCGUCACUUGUGAAUACACUCCGCAAGAAAAAAGUGUGCAAAACAGCUCCGAUUGCUGGAGAAACCAAAGUUUGGCAAUAUGUCAUGUUGAUGCGUAGAAUCUAUUUGAUUGACUCUCCAGGAGUUGUCUAUCCACAAGGAGAUUCAGAGACACAGAUUAUUCUGAAAGGAGUUGUUCGUGUCGAAAAUGUCAAGGAUCCGGAGAAUCAUGUUCAAGGAGUCUUAGAUCGAUGCAAACCGGAACAUCUUCGCCGUCAAUACGGUAUUCCAGAAUUCACAGAUGUUGACGAUUUUCUCACGAAGAUUGCUAUCAAACAAGGACGUUUGUUGAAAGGAGGAGAUCCUGAUAUUGUUGCAGUUUCUAAAGUUGUGCUCAAUGAGUUCCAGAGAGGAAAGCUUCCAUACUUUGUACCUCCGCCAGGAUGUGAAGAGCGAGCUAAAAAGGACUUUUCUCAAGCACCAAUCAAUGAAAUGUGCGCUGAUGACGAUGAGCAAUUGCCUUUGGAUGCUCAACUCGAGCUUGAUGAUGUGGCAAGAAAUGGAGGUCCAGAUGAGGAUGAUGACGAAGCAAUUGACGAUGAAGAACAGGAAGAACUGACAGAAAUUGGAUCAACCUGUUCUGGACUCACAGAUCUUUCUGGAAUCAGUGAUUUGGCUGGAGACUUGUCAGAUGCUGAUGAUGUGGCCGAUGAUGAUGAAAAGCCAUCGUCCAGUGAUUCUAAGACAAAGAAAUCAAAGACUGAUGUGGCGAGCGUACGAACACGUGGAAAGCGUGGAGGAAAGAAGGCGAAUAAGGCUAAAUUAUCCGGAAAGACUAUCGUUCAGGCCGCGUCGGAAAAGAAGGACAAGAGCGUCGUCGAAUUCGCGAAACCAGGAGCCACAAAGACUAACAUGUGGAGAAAGAAGUUGGAGAAAAGACGAAAGGUCAAGCAUCAGAAAUAGAUGACUUCAUUGUUUUUUUUUGUUAAUCCCUUUUAUUGUUAAAGUUUUUUUUUUCUGUUUUAAUUUUUCGUUUCAUUUUAUCAUUAUUGUUGACUACUGUUUCCCGUUCUGUAAACCAUUUUCUGAUAACUUGUUCAAAAUACGUUCACCACUUCAAUGAAGAAAUUUUGUUG